CCCGCGUCACGCACGCGGUCGGCACCGCGAGCCGCGCAUAACGAUAUCUGGAUUUGAACUGCAUUUUGGAAUUCAUCCUUACUUACAAUGUCACCGUCAGAUGGAAAUCCAAUUGGUUACACACCCCCAGAUGGAGGCUGGGGGUGGGCAGUGGUUGUUGGAGCUUUUUUUUCCAUUGGCUUCUCUUGUGCAUUUGGAAAAUCUAUUUCUGUAUUUUACAAAGAAAUUGAAGGAAUAUUUAAUGCCAGCGCCAGCGAAGUGUCGUGGAUAUCUUCCAUCAUGUUUGCUGUCAUGUAUGGUGGAGGUCCUAUCAGCAGUAUCCUGGUGAAUAAAUAUGGCAGUCGUCCAGUCAUGAUUGUUGGCGGCUGCUUGUCAGGCUGUGGCUUGAUUGCAGCUUCUUUCUGUAACACUGUGCAGGAACUUUACUUGUGUAUUGGACUCAUUGGAGGUCUUGGGCUUGCCUUCAACUUGAAUCCGGCUCUGACCAUGAUUGGCAAAUAUUUCUACAAGAGGCGACCGUUGGCAAAUGGACUGGCCAUGGCAGGCAGCCCUGUGCUCCUCUCUACCCUGGCCCCCCUCAAUCAGGCUCUCUUUGAUAUCUUUGGAUGGAGAGGAAGCUUCCUAAUUCUUGGGGGCAUUCUAUUAAACUGCUGUGUGGCUGGAGCCCUGAUGCGACCAAUAGGGCCCAAGCCAACCAACGCAGAGAAAGACAGGUCUAAAGAAUCCCUUCAGGAAGCUGGAAAAUCUGAUGCAAAAAAAGGAGCAAGUGAUGCAAAUACAGAAUUUAAUGGCAGAAACCCCAAAGAGGAGAAACAAUCAGUCUUUCAAACAGCUAACAAAUUUCUGGACUUAUCCCUGUUCACCCACAGAGGCUUUGUACUGUACCUAUCUGGGAACGUGGUAAUGGCUUUUGGGCUGGCUACACCUUUAGUCUUUCUUAGUAAUUAUGCCAAGAGUCAGCAUUGCUCUAGUGAGAAGGCUGCCUUCCUUCUUUCCAUUCUGGCUUUUGUUGACAUGGUAGCCAGACCUUUUAUGGGAUUUGUAGCCAACACAAGGUGGAUAAGACCUCGAGUUCAGUAUUUCUUUGCUGCUUCUAUCGUUGCAAAUGGAGUGUGUCAUCUGCUAGCACCUUUAUCCUCCAGCUAUAUUGGGUUCUGUAUCUAUGCGGGAUUCCUUGGAUUUGCAUUUGGGUGGUUCAGCUCCGUAUUGUUUGAAACAUUGAUGGACCUUGUUGGGCCCCAGAGGUUCUCCAGCGCUGUGGGAUUGGUGACCAUUGUGGAAUGCUGUCCUGUCCUCCUGGGGCCACCACUUUUAGGUCGUCUCAACGACAUAUAUGGAGACUACAAAUACACAUACUGGGCAUGUGGCGUAAUCCUAAUCAUCGCAGGCAUCUAUCUCUUCAUUGGCAUGGGCAUCAAUUAUCGACUUCUGGCAAAAGAACAGAAAGCAGAGAAGAAGCAGAAAAAGGAAAGUAAAGAGGAGGAGACCAGUAUAGAUGUUGAGAAACCAAAAGAAGUUACCAAUGCAGCAGAAUCUCCAGAGCAGAAAGGCACAGAAGGAAGCCCCAAAGAGGAGGAGAGUCCAGUCUGAAACCAUAGAUAAACAGAGGAGAUUUGGACCAAAGACACCUGAAAAAUUCUACUGAACCAUGUUCUACUAGUGGUGCUUACCACAGACAGUGGAUAUUUGUGUGGAAGUCAUACCAGGUGUUUGCUGAUAGAAAUUUUAUUUCA